AUGUCACAAUUUAACAUUAUUUGGCUCGAUGCUAAUGCUUUGGAUUCAAAGAGUAGCUUUCGCUCUAAAUUGGGUGCCACAAAACUAUUCACAAAUGUAGAUUCCUGUGUUAAAUAUGUGGAAUCGCAUUCAAAUGAGCCCAUUUACCUCAUCGUUUCAGGUUCAUUUGCUAAAGAAGUAGUCCCAAAAAUCUAUGACUCUCCUAAUCUUGUACAAGUCUUUCUUUUCUGUGGAUCAGUAGCUGCAUAUGCAGAAUGGGCCAUGGAUUAUCGAGAUAAACUAAUGAUAUUCGAUCAUGGAGACGAUCUUUUAGAACGAUUAUGGAAUGAUUUGCAAACCAGUCUACAGGAACAAGCGAUGGCAUGUUUCAAACUAGCAAAUGAAUAUAAACAGCGAGCGCUGCAAUUCAAACAGUCAUGUUGUUAA